CAAUUGGAAUUCGACCACGCUUUUCAUCGCGACUAUUCACGUAAAUCUCCCACCCCCAACAAUUUCCGUCGUCGUUCCCGGCGUCCCCUUCCGAUAGACCGGAGGAAUUCAUGAACGUCGUCGUUUAUGAGGUGUGGACCACAUGCCAGGCGCAAAAAUGAGAAAGAAAUCUAAUUCUAGGAGAGUAAACUCCCUACCUCAACAACCUUCCAUGGCUUCUUCCCUCGCUUGUUCAUCUCGUUUUCUUCUCCAUUACAGAAAGAUCUCCUCCCUUGUAUUUUUUAUCCUAGUUGUUUGUUUGAUAGUUGUUUUGAACACUUCGUUGCGAAAGGAAGGCGUGUCUCGAUCAGAUGUUCCCUCGAAUCGACUUUACACAGUCGAAGUGGUCAAUGAGUUCCCUCACGAUCCCGAUGCAUUCACUCAGGGACUACUGUAUGCAGAAAAUGACACCCUAUUUGAGUCUACUGGGAUGAAUGGGGCUUCAUCUGUUCGGAAAGUCACUCUGCAGACUGGCAAGGUUAAGGCUAUUCAGAGAAUGCCGUACUCUGAUUUUGGGGAGGGCUUAACUCUUCUUGGUGAUAGGUUGAUUCAAGUAACUUGGCGGCAGAGUACUGGUUACAUAUAUGAUCGGCAUAAUCUCAGCAAAUUUGAGAAGUUUCGCCAUGAUAUGCCCGAUGGUUGGGGAUUGGCAACUGAUGGAAAAAUCCUUUAUGGGAGUGAUGGAUCUUCUACACUCUAUCAGAUUGACCCUCAAACUAUGAAAGUAGUUAAGAAACAAAUCGUAAAUUAUCAAGGUGAUGAAGUACACAGACUCAAUGAACUAGAGUAUGUUUAUGACGAAGUUUGGGCGAAUGUUUGGAUGACUGACUGUAUAGCUAGAAUAUCACAAACAGAUGGCUCAGUUCUUGGAUGGAUUCUCCUCCCCAAUCUGAGAGAAGGAUUGCUACACAAUUUGAAAAAGCAAAUUGAUGUGCUGAAUGGCAUAGCAUGGGAUAGGGAUGGUGACCGUCUUUUUGUCACAGGCAAAUUGUGGCCGAAGCUUUAUGAGAUUAAGUUGCACCCUUUGAAGACACCAUUCAACGGAGACAUCAAGCAGAUGUGCAUGCCCCCGGCAUUUCCAUUUUCAUGAUCCCUGCAGUGGAUUAUUCUUUUGCAAAUUCUGAAUUAUUCUGUUAGUGCAUCGAUAUUUGGGUCUAUAUAUAUAGAGAGAGAGAGAACCACAUGCAGAUUUUGGGAGUGUACUGUGUACACAGAUUUUUGUAUAUGUACUUCCUUAUGCCCAGAAAAGAUGCAAAUUGUAGAUACUCAACUCAAUUAUUAUUUGGUUUAGAGUAAAAUGCAACUCAAGUAGAAACGAAAGAUGACGUUUAUGGUCGAGUAUACCAUUCAGCUUUUCAUUUGAUUUUUA